AUGGUGGCCAUAGUGGAAGGAGAAAAUCUUAGACCGAGAGGUCUAGGAGUCCGCCACGUUCAGACCUUCUUACUCUUCAUGGCCAUGCUUCUGGCGUUCAGCAUGCGAGUCAACAUGAGCAUGGCUAUAGUUGACAUGACAAACGAGAAAAAUGACACGUACUUCGAUUGGAGUUACAGUAUACAGUCCAUGAUCCUCUCGUCCUUCUUCUGGGGUUACGUGAUACUGCAAAUCCCAGGUGGUGUUCUGGCGAGGAGGUUUGGGGGAAAGGUCCUGAUAACGAUUUCCGUCUCCGUAAACUCUUUGCUGUCACUCUUCAUGCCUAUUUUGGCGAAAGUGGGCGGAUGGCAAUUGGUGAUCGUAUGCAGGUUCCUUCAGGGCUUGACGCAGGCGUUCGUCUAUCCCUCUAUGCAUCACUUAGUGAGCCAGUGGGUGCCUCUAGAAGAGAAGGGAACGUUGACAACCAUUAUUUACGCUGGUGCCCAACUUGGAAUCGCCCUGCAGUUGAUCGCAGCGGGAUUCCUUGCUGAAGCCUGGGGCUGGCAGGCGAUCUUCUAUACCAACGGGGCUCUUGGCUUAGUCUGGAUGGUCGCCUACCUGUUCCUCGGCGCUGGAAGCCCAGAAGACUCCAAGUACAUAUCUGAGGAAGAGUCACUCUAUAUAAGGACAUCUUUGGGCAGAGUUGAAGAACGGAAGCCACUUAAAACGCCUUGGACGAAAAUUCUCCUCUGUCUACCGCUGUGGGCUGCUAUAAUCGGACACUGCGGGCAGAACUGGGGCUUCUUCACAUUGAUGACGGAAAUGCCCACGUAUAUGGCCAAAGUUCUUGGCAUGAACUUGACACAGAACGGUGUGCUGUCGUCGUUGCCAUAUCUAGCUAUGUACGCACUGAGUUUCCCGAUGGGCAUAAUGACAGAUGUCAUCGUAAGAAAGAAGUGGCUUAGUGUUUCCAAUACAAGAAAGUUGUCUAAUACUAUAGGUCUCUGGGGACCAGCGAUCGCCCUAAUAGGCCUGUCCUACAUCCCCGAAGGCAACAUGACACUCGCCGUGGUCAUGCUGACAGUCUCCGUUGGGAUAAAUGCAGGACAAUACACUGGUUAUUUGCUGGUGUUGAACGAUCUGGCGCCCAACUUCAGCGCGAACCUGAUGGGGAUAUCAAACUUCUUCGCUAAUAUAAUUUCCAUCAUCGCCCCGUUGGUUUGUGGUGCUGUCAUUCAAGAUGAGUCCGACCCCAACGAGUGGAGAAAAGUGUUUUUCCUCGCGUCUGCUGUUUACUUCUUCACGAACCUGUUCUUCAUACUGUUCGCUACAUCUGAAAGACAACCUUGGAAUGAUGAAGAGGAAAUAGACGCUGAAAACAAAGAGCCUGAAAUAAAGAAAUAA